AUAUUUUCUGUCCAACAGUUAGUGGAACAAUGGAAAAAUCGUCUGUGUCAGCUGAAAGCUUCACAGGCAUCGACAAAAGCAGCUUUGCUACCUGAAUUGAAGCACACGACCACUCAGCCAUUGCCUGCCUUUGGAUUUGGAGGACAGCAAUCAUCAGGCUUUGGGUUGUCAAGCUUUCCUAUGAAGAGCAGCAGUACUAGUGCCAGUAAUUUCUCCUUUAAAACAAAUUCCAGUCGUGUUGGUCCUGCUCUGGGGAGCUCCUCUGCUGAUUCUAAUCCUCCCACGUUUGGACUGAUGUCCUCUCCUAGUGUAUCCCAUUCUGUUGGUUUUGGCAGCCUGGCAACUCCAUCUGCAGCCUCCUUCUCAUUUAAAACUUUUGGAACCACCAGGAAUUCCAAACCCACUAGUUUUUCAGGGUUUGGCAGUUCGGCUGUGAACCGUUUGGGCACCACUCCAUUUCCAGCCUUUGGAGAUUCGAAUGCAGCAGUUACAGCUUCUCCCUCCCAUUCAAGCAGCACUGGUUUUGGACAGACUGUCAGUGCCUCUGGACAUCACGUAACAUCAGCAUCUGCGGUCACAAGUAAUAGCACAUCAGAAAAUUUAUAUACACCGAUGAGCAAAUUAACAGCUGAAGAGGUGGAACAAUUCAAAGCCAAAAAGUUUACCUUGGGGAAGAUUCCUCUUAAUCCUCCACCAGUAGAACUUUUAAAUGUUUUAUGA